CGGUCGACUGUGUGCGUGGUGGGGACGGCGAGUAACAGUGAGACAAGGAGAGAAGUGGGUUUUCGACCCAUCAUCCAUUACCCAACAAGUUGCUGUCGGUGACGGACGUACAACUUGCACUCGCUGGCUUCGCUGUUUUCAUCCGUCCGGUACAUUGAUUUCGCAUCGUAUCGGAAGGGCACAUAACAUAUACGACGAUGUUUAUCCAUUUUAUAAAAGCGUACUUUUGUUAAUACUACUUGUUGAUAUCGGACGUCGUAGGAAGUGGCAACAGACAUGGACUUACGAACGGAGGCUUUAUAAAUUGUGUCACAAGUGAAAUGUUUCAGGAUCGUUCUGACCUGUCAUGAAGGGCCAUCUCAUGAAAAUGAUGCCUUGAAAAUGGCAGCAGUUGUCUGCGGAGUGCGCAGAUGAGAUGAAGCAAGGAAUGGAUUGGGCUAUAGUAGUCAGCAGUGUCACGGCUUUUGUCAUGUACUGCAACACCUGGGACUCGGGCUUUGUCUACGAUGACAACCGCGCAAUCCUCUCCAACGACGACGUGUUACCGCAGACCCCUUUGCUGGACCUGCUCCGUCGCGACUUCUGGGGCACACCUCUGGAGCACAGCGGUUCGCACGGUUCCUACCGGCCGCUUGCCGUACUGUCCUUCCGCCUCAACGUGCUACUGGCAGGUGGACACGUGGGCCACGGGAGGGCACGAGGCUUCCACGUGUUCAACACCUUGCUUCAUACUGCCGCCACAGCGGCUUUCACCCGGUGGGUUCGAGUCUUGACGUCUCAUCGGCGCAGAGUCCUGACACCCUGGGUCUCUGGGAUGCUGUUCGCUGUGCACCCGGUCCACACCGAGGCAGUCGCAGGAAUUGUUGGUCGGGCAGACGUUGGUGCCUCUCUGUUCUUCACUCUGUCUCUCCUGUUGUACCACGAGUACGUCACGAACCGUAACACCCUGUACCUGGCAGCCAACCUACUUAUGGGGGUAUGCGCCAUGUUCACCAAGGAACAGGGCGUCACCGUAUUUGCUGUCUGCAUGGCGUACGAACUGGUGGCCCACUCGUCGCGGGGGCCCUGCACGACGCUUCGGGCCCUAUUCGGGAGGUCUCAUAGAACACUCACCAAGACAGAAGAGGACGCCCGAAGCACUCGAAGGCUGCUGACUCUGGCAGUUGGUUCGAUUCUCAGCGUUGGUCUCCGCACGUGGCUUACAGGAAGUCGUCUCCCUACGUUCGCCGCCGCAGACAAUCCUGCUUCUCGCUGCAGCUCCUUCCUUACCCGCGCAUUCACCUUCUUCUACUUGCCCGCCUUCAACUUUGGCCUUCUUCUGUAUCCGUCCACUUUAAGCUUCGAUUGGUCUAUGGAUUCAAUUCCUCUGAUCACUCACGUCCUUGACUUUCGUAAUGUGAUCAGCUUCGUGUUUUACAGUGCCUUAAUAUGGUCCACUUAUAAGCAUAUUAUUUACCUUAACUGCAUUACAAUGCAUAACCAAAAACAAGAGACAGUUUUAAAAAGUGUAUCUACUUCUAUAGUAGAUGUCAGCUGCAGUAAUGGAGGUGCGGUCUGCAAGCAAUUUGGGUCUGAGGUUCAACGUCGCCCAGCUAUGAAUCUCUUGCUAGUUUUCCGUCAUGGACUAGAAAUAUUCAGUUCGUGGCCGCGGUGUUUAAACUCAGAGUCAGUAUCCAAGAAUUACAAUGCUCCAUUCCAUCAUCUGAAUCGUGACUCUUAUUCAUCGCACUGUCUGUGUACAACCAUUUCAAAAUCAACUGCAAAUAAGCCAAAGAAUGUCGAAGACAACUUCGUGAGGCGACAAGACAGUAUUGUGGUGACGGUGGGUGUCGCCAUGAUGGUGAUACCAUUCAUUCCUGCCAGCAACUUGGUGGCUUAUGUAGGUUUUGUUGUAGCAGAACGCGUUUUAUACAUUCCGUCUCUUGGAUUUUGUCUCCUCGUAGGACAUGGUUUCGUCAUACUUUUGGAAAAACUUGGCGACAAGCGUUCUCGAAAGAAUGUAGCGUUCUUGUUAACGAUGACAUUAAUUCUCAUCCUGAUUGCACUAGCAGGAAGGACUAUUGUUCGAAAUCGGGACUGGAAAAGUGAAGAAGACCUGUACCGCUCCGGAAUAUCAGUGAACCCAGCUAAAGCUUACGGGAACCUGGGCAACAUCCUGAGUGUCAAGGGUCAAUACGAGGAAGCCGAGGCCUGUUACAGAAAGGCUCUUCUAUAUCGUCCCAAUAUGGCCGACGUCCAUUACAACCUUGGCAUUCUCCUGCAAAGCCAUCAGCGAUUUGAUGAAUCAAUGCACGAGUACUGGGUGGCCAUUCAGCAUAGACCACGGUUAGCAGUGGCUCAUCUGAACUUGGGACUUCUGCUUGGUCGUGUUGGGAGAGUAGCCGAGGCGAAGAUUGUGUUGCGGGUCUGCGCGGGCCUAGACAACACGGGGCUGAGGGAUCCACGAACACAUCGCACGGCCACGGUCGCCUGUCUCUUCCACCUGGGCCGUCUCGCUAUGGAACAAGGAAGACUCCACGAAGCCGUGGACGUGUUCUUCGAGGCAGUGAACAAGAGGCCAGACUUCUACCCUCCGCAGAGUCUGUUCAACAUGUUGGGAGAGGCAUACAGUCGUCUGGGUAGAGACGCUGAAGCCGAACCUUGGUUCAGGGCGUCCCUUUCCGUACGGCCAGACCACGUGCCAGCACAUCUCACUUACGGAAAAUUGCUAGCUCGUAAUCGCACGCGCAUAGGCGAGGCCGAGCAGUGGUAUGUCCAAGCAGAGCGUCUAGCACCAGGAGAUGCGUCUGUGUGCAGACACUACGGUCAGUUCCUACUCGCGCAGAAACGGUACGCGGAAGCAGCCUCAAAGUUGGAAGAAGCUGUCGCACUCUCGACGACUCCUGACUUUGAGGACGUGGUGGCCGCCGCCACUAGCCUCCGUAUGGCAGGGGACUUCGCGGGUGCCGAGAGGAACUACAAGCUGGCCAUCUCCUUGCGGCCGGAGGACACUUCGAGCGUGGCAAAUUUGGGUGCUUUGUAUCACCUCACUGGAAGAAUGGAAGACGCGGAGGCCCGGUACCAGGACGCACUCAGACUGAUGCCAGAAGACGACGUCACUAGAACAAAUUUAAAGCGUCUUUGGAAGCUAAAGGCGAUUCAGGAAGAAAAACAACGACUAGAACGGAAAUAAGAAAGCAGUAGCUUGAGGAUUUCAGACUUGAUAUCCCGAACUAUUUAGCAAAUGAAACAGAAGCCACAGGUGGUGAGUGAGUUAUCCCGUUUUAGCGCAAACUAUUUGAAUUGUUCCCGUAAAUAUUAUAGGCCAACACGAGGAGAACAUCGUGUAAACUGAACGUCGCAGUCACGCGUGGUUAUCACUCAUGCAUCGUAUUCGGAAGGUUCCGGGUUCAGUUCUCGGCGAGCCUAUUUAAAUGUUAAGUUUACAAGUGAACAUGACUGUAACCGCAUAACGCUCAAGCAAUUAACUACAUUUACAUUUAAGUAAUUGCAGAAUUCAUUAUAACAAGAUGUGUUUAAGCGUCUAUGGUUACGUCAUUUAUCUUUUUAUACAGUUGUUUUAAAACAUGUUUAAUCUUGUAAAGACUAAAUUCCUUAUGCCUUUCUGUAAAAAAAAUAUGUUCUUAGUUUACUUCAAUAUCGCACAGAUACGCGCUCCCGUGUUGAGCGCCAUUUACAUAGAAGUCUGGCUUGCUUUUUUCAUACAGUGAGCCGGUUUGUACAGAAAUGGUUUAUCAAUAUUAAAAUACGAAUUUGUAACGAAAAACCCUUUUCCAUUUGCCAAAAAAAUAUUAUUCGAUCUCACUCAGAUUUUAUCUCUUGGUGUGGUCCAUAAAUAUACAUCCACAAAAAUUGUGACGAAGCAUUUGUGACAAUGACAAUGAUACUGUUGUGUUGGUAAUGUUCCAUCGUUUGAGGUACGGCCUAUAUUAUGUAAACGUUGCACAAAUUGCAUUAAAUAGAGCAUCAUUAGGCGGUAGUGUUUGUCUGUCCUUCCAUCUCCAUUAAACAGCGCUAGGAAUUAAAUUAAAUUAAAAUCUACAUUAAAAGUUAUCGGUUAAUUUACUGCUCCUAUAUGUUUAGUACAAACCCUAAUUUGUAUGAAUUCCCAUAAAAGAGAGUGAGAAAUAUGUAACUGGUGAAUGUCAUAAAAUAUGAAGCUAGGCAAACUAAGAACUACAGAUUCUGUCUUACAAGAUUUUCGACAUAAUGUAUACAGAACUGACAGAUAAUAUUCUUUGAAUUUUUUCGGUCUGACAGCAAAAUAGAUAUUUCAGACAAUGGACCAUAUCUAUUUAAUUACCGCACUAUUUGUGACGUACGAAUUUUCUGUGAUCGAGAAGGAAUAUAGAAAUUUAUGUCUACGGACGUAUAAAAAUAUUAAUAUUUUAUAUACAUAAGAUACAGGCGAUGUUCUGCCUGUGUAUAUAAUCGAGAGUGGACAAUGGUAAAUGUCAGUUUGUUGUUAAUACACUGUGUCUGGGACCAAUUAAGAAUUAGCCAUUUUUUAUAUGCAUGUUUCAGAAUGGAAUUAUACUUUGGACAGGAACUGAGACGUUGCAA